UUGGGCUCCAUCGCUUGUGGGAAGGAGACUAAUCUUUUUGAGCUGGAUAGCAGACAAAGGUCCUUCCCAGUGUUUCUUCAGCUGACCCCUGACAACCGACAGCAGGAUCUUAUGACUCAUAAGUGUCUCAUUGUGAGCAGUGAGCUGUAUUGUGAUACGCAGACCACUCUAACAACCAGCAAAGGGAUUCAGGGGAAGCUGCUGAACUGGUGUGCUUUUGUGGUCACAAAGACUGUGAGCUGUGUGGUGGAAGAUGGCGUGGAGGCUUACGUGAAGCCGGAUUACCACCCCUGCAGCUGGGGGUCGGGCCAGUGCGGCCGGCUGGUGGUCUACCGGACCUACAUGAGGCCACGCUACAAGGUGGCCUACAAAAUGGUGACCGAGAUGGAGUGGAGGUGUUGUCACGGUUACAGUGGAGAGGACUGCAACCGUGGUCCAACUGGGGAGGGAGGAACCCAGAUCUCUGUCAGCAAUCCUCAGUCUGGACAGGCAGGACACACGAGGUUUGGACAAGGGGGAGGCAGGACUGGAUCUGGACACACAGGAGCCCCCAAUGAAGUAGAGGAUACUGAUAAAAUACGGCGGCUGGAGGCAAAGAUCGAGAGCCUGACGAAGAGCCUGCAGGAUCUUCAGUCUACCAUGAACACACACUUCCAACAGGGCCACAAACCAGGAGUGGGUGUCGGAGGAGGGUCGGUAGGAGGAAGAAACCCUGCAGAUGCAGCUCAGCCCGAAAUUACCGAGACAAUUCAUAGUAUUCAAACCAAACUGGAUCAGCUGGAUAACCGCACUCAGGCCCAUGAUAAAACCCUGGUCAGCAUCAACAACCACCUGGUGAAUGGUAAGGGCAAUGAGCUGGAUGGACGUCCGUCUGGAGGAGAUGUAAAUGGAGGGAGGCUGAACUCGCUGAAGGAGGAGAUCCUGAGAGAGUUAGAGAGGAGAGUGUCACUUUCCUGCUCCUCCUGUCAGGCUGGAGUGGAAGAUCUCCGCCGACAGCAGCGAGAGGACCGGGAGAAGAUUCAAGCUUUAGAGAAACAGCUGAAUGCCCUGGAGACCGGCCGUGUCCUUAAAGAGCUACACCAGCUGCGUCAGAAAGUGCUGCUCUCACAAGGCUGUUGUGACGCCGUGAAUGACCUCCGAAACCGCGUCAGCGAUACCGAACGCAAGAUCAGCUCCGCCUCGGAGGACUUUGACCUGUUAAUCAGUCGCCUCGGCCAGGACCUCAGUUCAGCCGGCGACGGGGAGUCCAGAGGAGGGUCCAGAGGGGGGGCCAGAGGGGGGUCCAGGGGGGGGGCCACGGGGGGAUCCACAGGGGGGGGGUGGGGAGCUGGCAGUGGAGGGGAGGGACUGGUGACACAGGACAGGCUGAACGAUAUGCUGGACCGCUUGGAGCAAAGGGUCAACAGCAGUGUGCAGCGAGCUGAGCAGGGCUGCUCCUACCUGGAGAAGAACCUGAAGGACUACUGGAACAGCUCCCUCAGGAAGUGGACUGCGGAGGAGUGUGGCUGUGGCCGGGCUGGAGUGGGAGGGACUGACUCCAAAGACGGAAAGGGACGAUUUGGACCAGAUGCAGGCAGUGGACUUCCAAGUGGAGCUGGUGGGGGGUUCUCUGGGACUAGUGGACCAAGAGAAAAUACAACUGAAAAAUCUCUUGAGUGGAGAAUAGUGGCCAACGAAGAUCAGAUUCAGCAUUUCACCACUCGUCUGAAAGACCUGUCAGUGUCUGGAGAAUCUCUGUACGACAGGGUUUUAGACCUGAGUCACGAUGUGCGUAGGAUCAAGUCUCUGACUGGAGACCACGGAGAACACUUCAACAGAAUCGUCUCAGUGGUGGAGCUGCUGGGCAGAGAUUGCGAGGCCUGCGGGAGAGUGGAGGACGAGCUCCAGAAACUGAAGAACAGCUCCUACGACGCACUGCUGAAAAUGCAGAGGCAGAUCAACAGCAUCCAGACUAAAAUGGACUCGGAGGGAAACGGCUGCUCUCACGUUUGCUCCCUCCUGCGAGAUGAAGUUAGCGUGCUGCGCAAAGAUGUUGGGAGAUGCAUCGGCCAGUGUAAGUCCGGCCCUGACACAGUCCCAGGCAGUGGUGGCUCUGGGGGUCCCCUAGGACAUGGCCCCACGCUGGAUGCUGCGAAGCCUUUAGAUGGCCACAGUGUGAUUGGAGGCUCCGUCAACAACAAUCAGCUGAAGACACUUCAAAGGGAAAUGUCUGUGGUAAUCUUCACCUUCAGCUCCAUCAACGACACCCUGAAGGGUCUUGAACACACCGUGAACAAACAUGGGAGUGUGUUGACUGACCUGGGAAACACAAAAGAUAAGAUCAUCUCUGAGCUGGACAAGAUCCAACAGGAAGUGACGGAACACAUGGAGGAGAGCCGGGAUCGUGGGGAUAAAAUGGCUGAGGACAUCCGUCAGCUGGAAAGCAUGCUGCUGGUGGAGAUGGGAGACUGUAAGAAGUCCGGAGACGGUCUGGAGAAAAGGCUGUCAAAGCUGGAGGGAGUCUGUGGAAAACUAGAUGGUGUUUCUGACUCCAUUCACAAAAUCAAGGAAGGGCUGAAUCAACAUGUGACAAGUCUGUGGUCAUGUUUUUCUGGUAUGAAUGAGUCUGUAAUCCAUCAUCAAGACACCUUGGAAAUUCUUCAGAAGAACCAGGAGAACAUUCAGAGCAGGAUGAAGAACCUGAACUCGAGCCUGAGCCAGGUGAUCCGAGACACGAAGACUGGCUUUCCAGGCCUUCCGGGCCCCCCAGGGCCUCCAGGGGAGAGAGGUUUCAAUGGAAUACCAGGGCCUCGGGGCCCCCCCGGACCUCCAGGACGACAAGGGGAAAGUGGUCCGCGAGGUGUGCCUGGGUUUCCUGGUGUUGAUGCCAAUGCCAACAGGUUGUCGUUCUCUGCUGCCCUCACUGUCCCCAUGGACAAUCCAGGAACCAUUGUUUUUGACAAGAUAUUUGUCAACGAAGGAGGUUUCUAUAACCCAACGACAGGAGUCUUCACAGCUCCCGUGGACGGACACUAUCUGUUCAGCGCCGUGCUGACGGGUUAUAAGAACGAAAAGAUCGAGGCCGUCCUGUCCAUGUCCAACUACGGCGUGGCCCGGGCGGACUCGGGGGGGUAUCAGCCCGAGGGCCUGGAGAACAACCCGGUGGCGGAGGCCAAAGUCACCCCGGGCUCUCUGGCCGUCUUCAGCGUCAUCCUGCCCCUGCAGACCCGGGACACGGUCUGCGUGGACCUGGUGACCGGGAGGUUGCCCCACUCCUCCGAGCCGCUCACCGUCUUCAACGGCGUGCUCCUCUACCAAGACAUGUGACCGUUGGCGUCACCAAGCGGCCUGC